CCCAGCAGUGCGCCCACCUGUGCCCAGCAAUGCACCCACCUGUGCCACCCAGAAGUGCCACCUACCUGUGCCCAGUAGUGCCACCCACCUGUGCCCACCAGUGCCACCCACCUGUGCCCACCAGUGCCACCCACCAGUGCCCAUCAGUGCAGCCCAGCAGUGCUGCCAGUCAGUGCCACCAGUCAGUGCCCAGCAUCAGUGCCACCAAUCAGUGCCACCUAUCCGUGACACCUCAUUAGUGCUGCCUAUCAGUGCCGCCUAUCCGUGCCACCUCAUUAGUGCCGCCUAUCAGUGCCGCCUAUCAGUGCCCUUCAGUGCUGCCUCAUCAACGCACAUCAGCGAAGAAAAAUUACCUGUUUGA